UCAUAGCGGAACGAUGGGCUUUUCUAUAAGUCAAGGAGCAGGACGACCACCUGGAAAAACAGAGCCUUCCAUAAACACACGAAUAACCAGGAGAACAGUUUCACGUCUUCCAGCAAGCUUGAUUACAUUUGCCAAAAUGCAGACAUGGCAAAUCAUGUUGGCCUUCCUGCCCCUCUUGGUUGGCGCUGCUGCCUAUAAUGAAGAUCGCUGGCCUUCCUUUGAUGAGAUUCCAGCUGGUCUGAGAUCAGAAACGUCAGGUCUUUCACCAUUCCAGAACUCCACAAGUGGCCUAAAGAUGGGCAGGCAAAAUGUGAGAAACCAUUCCAGAGAAGGGCAUCCAGCUUUGCAGGAAAACCUACAUACCAGAAGUAUAUUCAUUAAUGAUAUUAAAGCUGCUGAUCAAGCUCAUACUGUGAAUACUCGCUUGAAUUCAGAGAAGAUUUCUGCAAAUACUGGCCUCGAAAGUGGGACUCUCCCAAGUGCAGACUCUUCUGUCCUUCUUCAGAUGGACCAUAACAGCUCUCAAGUUCUCCAUCACACAGCUUCUCUCACACUAGCUAGAACUGCAGACGUUUCUGUUAAUCUUUCUUCUAACAGGUUCAAAGAACCAGAAGACAGCAUGACAUCUUCCGUUGGGCCACAAGGUAUGGAAUCAAGGGAAAUGGCUUCCAGAAAAAGCACUGAUCCUACCUCUUCCCCAGCAUCAUCCCUUCUAGACCUUAAGAGAACCUUACACUCCGAUUCAAACACAGCACACCAAACUGUGCUAGGCCAUGAUUCUGCUUCUCUAAAUAUAGAUUCCUCUAUUGCCAACACUGUCUUAACUUCAAAACAGCUGUCAGCAACUCAUAGGUCUUUUAAUCGCCAGCAACUUCAAUCCCAGAACACCCUCUCGUCCUGGCAGACACUCAUCCCUACAACUGUAGAGUCUCCUGAUCUUUCUGCCUUACCAGCUUCAAGGGAUGGAACCAGUCGUGAUCCAGAGCAUUACAAGGAGGGUCUUCUGAGUUCAGACUUUAAUUAUGGAAGACAUACAGCCAAAGUCCUACAUGCCCGUGGUCAAUUAUCUGCAGUUCCUCAAGGUAGUUCUGUAGAGAACAUCAGGCAGUCAUCCAAAGCAACUGCUGAGUUGCCUUCAAGAAAGGAAAACAUACCUGUAGCAUCUCAUAGUUCAAUGGUUGAAUCCUUUCUUGACUUGGCUAAUAGCAGCAUUACCCAGCUGGCCAAAGUGAAUCCUACUCCUGUUCCUCAUUCAGAUGGAGUUGGGUCAACAGGUUUUAGUUUUUCUCUUGCCGCCGACCAACUGGAUCCUGAUACUGCAGCUUUCAGCACUCCUACAGAAGUCAACAUGUUUCCCAGACAGAAAAGUUCUGAAUUGAAAGAACACCUUACAAGCUCUGACAUGACAUCUCUACCUCUGUAUCUUGAUACUACAAAAGAGCACAAGGACUCGUCUCUGGUAACUUAUGACAUGAUGAGCACUUCUCUGGGUGAAGGACCUAAACUGGAAAUGAAAGAAGGUAUUUCUCCUGUAGGAGAAGACCAUACUGAUCCUCGUGUUGUUUCUACCCCUGAUAUCGCAAAUGUUAAAAGUGGUGCCACCAGCUUUGGCAGCGGCCUCCAGUCUUGGCAGCCUCCAACUCUUCUACCUCUAAGCACACUGAAUCAUAGAGAUGUGAGAACCGAGUAUAGUGUUCCUCUUGUUCAGGUCAGUCCAUCCAAAACAAUGAGCAGCACUGUUAGUUAUAAGGAGACAGUGUUCACUGAAGUGUCUAGAAGAAAGGAAGAGAUCACAGCAGCUGCGGUAGAGGUGGCCGCCUUCUCUGAGUUCCCACUUACAACUUCUUGGGACACUCCAGCGGUGAGACUGAGUCCCAGCUUAAUUUCUGAAGAGCCUGAAGUUUGGCUGGGGGGUCAGCAUUACACUUUGCCUCGGAAAAGGAGUGAAACGACAACACCCACCCCUCUAGAUUCUUCCUUUGUUCCCACAUCUAGGAUUAUGUCGUCAUCUAAGGAACCUAAGCCAGAAAUGCUGGUGGUCUCCUUAACUACAAAGAAGGCUACUGGCACUAUUGCACACACCCUUACACCAGAAACGGAUGCUGUACUUGCAUCUCACCCGUAUUUAAAUAGGGAAGAGGUGACCCUCCCGACUGGACCUGCUUUUGCUGGUUUGGCACAUGCCAGUCUGCAGACCGGAAGCCCCACCGGCAGUCCUGUAGCAGAGUUUCUCAGUGAGACAUCCCCUGAAUGGAACUCUACCACCCCAUCAUCUUUAUAUGAUGUAGCAUCUCUUCUGAAUCUCCCAGAACCUGAGGAAUCUUCAGUUGUUCCAGCUCACAGCUCCCUAUCAUUGAGUUUUACUUCACUUGGCUCCACCAACAGCAGUCUUCCGGCAUCGAAUCUGAAGAUACACACUGAACGCCUAAUGGCUAGGAAAGAGCAAGUGGUGUCAGUGGUCACAGAGAUGCCCUUGUCUUUGCAAGAAGAAGUGUGGAGGUCCAGCUCAACCUCUCCAACAACAGCCAGUACUGUGUACAGAGGAGCGCCACUUCUCCCCACCAAGACGCUUGAUCAUGACUUAGAUACCGCUACUGUAGCACCCACUGAAGUUGUCCCACUAACAACUGCUGUAACAUCUUUGGACAUUCAUCGCCCGCGUUAUGCUGAUUCCUCUGGCUCAAAAGCUCCUGUCUAUACAUCUAUCUCAGAGGCACAGUCUACCAAGGUAGUCACUGUGUCCUCCAGUUCAACAGCUCCGUUGACCGACCAAAAGAGUCUUCCCGUUGACGUGAACUCUAUGCCUUGCAGCAACAUCUCAUGCAUGGUACGAACUCCUCCAAUUCCUUCUCAGCCUUCCAUUUCUUACCAACCUUCCUUAACUAAAAAGGUUUCAGCGAGUAUGUUAGUCUCAGCACAAGGUAGAAAGAAUGUGACCACCACUGUCAACAUCUCUGAGAUGACCAUUCUCAAGGAGAUCAGCACAAUGACUCUACUGUCUGGGAAAACUGUGACUCUAAUCCAGGGAGGUUAUACUUUAGAGGAGCGAGUGUCGAAGUUCAAGAAUCCAGUAAUGAGCCGGUCAGCGAGGAAAGAGCAUCUGACCCCCUUAGGUAUAUCUGCAUCGCCGGUUCCAGCGGUACAUAUUCUGCCACUGUGGUUCCGACUCACUGGAAUUAAUUAUACAGAAUCUUUGGAGAAUAAGUCCUCAGAAAGCUACAUGAAACUGGAGAAAGAAGUAAAGUUAACACUCAACAAGAUGCUCUCUAACUAUGAGAACUUCCUUCAAACGAACGUUCUUCGUUUCUUGAACGACUCCCUGUUUGUUCUGAGCGAGGCGGUGUUCCGGGCAGGGCCCACCGUUCCCACACCUUCUGAUACCAUCCGGACGAUUGUCACGGAGGUGGAGACCAAGAGAUUGGAUGCCUUCUUUGACUGGAGGAUUGACGUGCAAUCCCUUCGUUCCAACGGAAUUAGCUUGAGCAACCUGGAACCAGAGACGUUGACCUUAUCUUUCACUGUUCUGGGCCUGAGACCUUGGUUGACCUUGGACUCGCUAGAAAGCCUGAGAAAGAAGGUGAUCUUCUUGCUCGGCGCUCGAUACACAGUGCAGAACAUCUCACUUGUUGAAAUCCGAAAUAUCGAAGCUGGUAUAGAUAUAAGCGGAGAAAUCUACAUUGAUACAAACAUUCAUGUGGACAUUGGCUGGGCUCUGCAGGCGUUGAUGGGGCUUUCCAAUGACUCUGUAGACCUCACCUCUCUCUCCAUCAAUGGAUCAAGGCUCAACCUUCGUGUCUUCCCAGUUUCUUUCUUGGUAACCAACAGAAUAUUUGAUGAGAAAAUGAUGGAUCGCUCUUCUGCAGAACAUCAGGACCUUGUGAGGGAUCUCACUGAUGUGCUAAUGCAUAUCCUGGGCAAGUACAAAAACUUCCUGCAAGUGGCAAUCCGUGACAUCACAGGGGGCUCCUUGGUGUGUCGCGGAGAUGUGAUAUUUCAACCCCCGGCUCCGACGAGCAAAGAUGUGCUGCAAACCCUUGCUCUCUCGGUUGGGCCAAAGGAUUACCUGGAUUCCUCGGGCCUUCAGGUGGAUCCCCUCUCCUUUACUGUAGCAGGUGAUGGCCUGGAUCCUCCCUUCACAAAUUUAGGUAUACCUAGCUAUGGGGUAGCCGUCAUCAUUUUGUGUGUCCUCGUACUAAUUGUUCUUCCCAUCCUGGCUUUGCUGCCAAAGAUCCUCGGCCGGAAAGACAAGAUAAUAAUUAGCAGAGUGCACGAUCCUGAAGCCGGCGUGGAAACAUUUGAACUGGAUAAUCCAGGUUUUCGCUCCGCCGUUGAAGAGGUACAUGUGGACUGUCUGAACUCAAAUGUGAUGAUGACAGACUCUUGCACUCUCCACCAUCAGCAGUUCAGCAGAACCACCACCGUUUGCAGUGACGAGGGGAUGAUGUCCCAUUCCAUCUGAGUUCUGGGCCCUCGUCUGUCACUUGAACCUUGAAAGGUGCUGGAACUUUUGAGUUGUGAAGGGUGUAGGAAGGCAUGGACCGAUGAGUUGGUCCAUCAGAACUGGUCUUGCAGCAGACCUGGACAAUGUGGUGCAUUGUUUGUCUGCAUCUUGAAUAAGACGGGAGGGAAGUGGGGACAUCUAAACAUUAACAAAUGGAAAUGGUGUUGCUUUAUAAAUGCCAUAGUGAAUAACUGGGCAUCUUAUUGAAUUUGGGAGUAAGUUUUAUUAUAUGGAUGGGCAAACUGUUCAGAACGAGAAUGCAAGGAGAGAGAGCUGGUUCCUGCUCUGUCAACAGGAUAGAUAGAACAGGCCCAACCUGACUCGAGAUCUUAAAAGUUUAUAUCUUUGCACUGUCGUCUUGGUGGGGAUCCUUGUUGAACAGACCUGAACCCCCAAACCACAGCGCUCUCUUUUUAUUACAAGUUUGAUCUUUUUAAUAUGUCUUUAAAACUUUUCUUUCUUCUUUGUGUAGAGUGUAGAAACUUUAUGGGUUUUUUUUUUGUUUUCCUGGAUCUUGCUAGGGUAAGAACCCGAGAUGUGUGGAUAUGGCGGGGUGGGGAGAUAAUUCGGAUUUCUUACGUUUUAGCUGCUCAGUGUUCUUUUAGAGAAUCCGCAGGCCUGAAGUCAAGGAAACAUCUGUCCUCAAAGAAUUUGAUGACAUGUUUAGAUACAUGCCAUUUGUAGCAACUUUGUAAUAUUCAUCCCUUUUCUGCUACUUGUUGUGUUGGAUCUUGGAAUUGCUUGCAUCGUCCUAAAGUAUAGCUUGGCAGAGGGUUUAGAUGUAGACCUUUGACCCAAAGGAGUCCAAGAAGAAAUAGAGUAUGGUCUUCCUUGUGUCAUCAAGGUUGCUCUUGAAGGAAGUUUGUUGUCUCAAAUUUUAAGGUUUGAGAUGCACUGGAUGUUGCAUCAAAGUGUACGGAGGAAGCAGGCAAACCAGAAUUGUGGAGUGGCAAGGAGUGGCCAAGUUGUAUCCUGAGUUCAGGAUGAAGGAGUGUGUGUCCCUCCAGAUGUUGUUAAAGGCAGCUGUAGCUUCCUCCAGCCCUGCCUUAGCUGCUAAAGGAUGGAUGGAAAUGGUUAUUCCAACAGCAUCUGGAGUGCCAGACACUCCUCAUCUCACACACAUCCUUAUUUUAACUACAGGCAUAGACACGCAUGUAAAAGUCUGUAGGAAUGGCAAGAGUGCUACAGUUGGCUAAACAGUUUUGCUAGCUUGGUUCUUUUUUUAAUCUCACCUGUAUUACCCGAGGAGCCUUCCAGAGAGAUGCAUCACGUUCUGUCCAUGUUGCUUUUCAAGGCAGCGCCUUCAGUUCCCCACUAAGAGUUUUAGCACCAGCUUGGCAUAGUCCUGGUAUAGAGUUCUCCUUCUGGGCCAGUUUGCACAAUCAGUUGGCCAACUCUUCUUUUUUCCUUUUUUUAAAAAAAUACCAAACAAGUUGAACCUGUCAAUUGCACACAAUAUGCUUCUGGGCCCCCCUCUUCUUCUUUCAGGCUUGUUGCUAUGAUUUCCAAGCAUUGUGUUGUAUGAAAAUAUA